GCUCAUCUCUUGCACAACUUGCCGCCCAAUGCUAAAAACAAUGGAGGAGAGGUUAAUAGCAGCGGUGUCCGACUAUCCUGAGUUAUACAAUUCUACAAUAAAUUCAUAUAAAGACGUUUCUAGAAAAGCUAAAGCAUGGAGAGCCGUGAGUCUGCAAGUAGAAAUUCCUGAAGAGGACUGUCGCAGGAGAUGGAAGAGUCUGCGGGACAUGUUCAUUAAAGACAAGCGUGCGGAGCAGCGCCGACGAGCCUCGGGAACGUCCCACCGCAGCUGGAAGUACAGCUGGCAGAUGUCAUUCCUGACGCCCUUCAUCCAGUCCCGAUCGCUGGCCAGCGACGAGCCCGAGGAGGACCGAGACGAAGAGGACAAGGAGGACGAGAGCCCGGCGGACGGGAACUCUGCGUUCGGCGUGCAGGACUUUGAGGGCGAUCACGGGAUGCUGGACGCAUCCUCACACUACUCCGCGUCGGGAUCGCAGGGUUCGGGACGCAAGAGGAAGUGGCAGAUGGAGGCCAACGAGGACUUGGAGGACGAGAUGUUCUUGUUUAGUUUACUGCCUUAUCUCAGACGGCUUCCUUACGCCAAGAAGAGCGCCGUCAAAUUAAAAAUUCACCAGCUGUUGUAUGAGGCCGAGUUUAAGUGAUGUUCCAUAGUUUCUUAAUAUUUUUCUAUCUUUUAUUGGAAUUCUAUCCACCGCGUGUUUUUUAACAUUGAUAACAUAUUGUACCGAUGCUAGUAGAUGUUGGAGAUCAGUGAUUAAACAGACAUGUGCACUACGA